AUGUCAACUCGUAGGUAUACUUUUGGAAGAGCUGAUGAGGCUACACAUCCAGAUUCUCUUAGAGCUACCUUAGCUGAAUUUGCUUCCACUUUCAUCUUUGUCUUUGCUGGAGAAGGCUCUGGCCUUGCUUUAGUUAAGAUAUACCAAGAUUCAGCUUUCUCGGCUGGUGAAUUGUUGGCAGCUGCACUUGCUCAUGCAUUUGCUCUAUUUGCUGCUGUGUCUUCUAGCAUGCAUGUAUCUGGUGGACAUGUGAAUCCUGCAGUGACUUUUGGUGCUCUUCUAGGUGGCAGAAUCUCUGUCAUUCGUGCUGUUUACUAUUGGGUUGCUCAACUUUUAGGUUCUGUUGUUGCUGCACUCUUGCUUAGGCUUGUCACUAAUAACAUGAGACCAGCAGGGUUUCAUGUAGGAGUGGGCCUAGGCGACGGCCAUGGUCUACUUCUUGAAAUCAUAAUGACAUUUGGGCUAAUGUACACAGUAUAUGCAACAGCAAUUGAUCCAAAACGAGGCAGCAUUGCAGCCAUUGCACCUUUAGCAAUCGGUCUCAUUGUAGGUGCAAACAUCCUCGUCGGCGGGCCAUUUGACGGAGCAUGCAUGAACCCUGCUCUUGCUUUUGGCCCUUCUUUGGUAGGCUGGAGAUGGCACUCCCAUUGGAUCUUCUGGGUUGGUCCAUUCAUUGGUGCAGCAUUGGCAUCACUCAUAUAUGAAUAUGUUGUGAUCCCAACAGAACCACCUCAUGCACACCAGCCUCUUGCUGCUGAAGAUUACUAG